CUCUCAAACAAGCAUCACUAUCAAAAAUUCACUAUUAGAGAAACAAGAAAUGGCACUAUGUUUCAUAUUUCUUCUCAUGCUUCUACAAACUCAUCUCUCUCUUCAUUCAUCAUUGUCCGUACAAAAACAUCAAGAUGUAGAGCUUGGAAAAUUCAAAUUAAACGAUAAGUCUAUCUUGGAGGAUAAGAGUAGGAGAUUGGAGUUGCAUGAGGUACAUUCGGGUCCAAAUCCCAUCAGUAAUUCCUUCAAAGAAGAGGUCCCUGAAAUAAACUUACAAACUGCACCUUAAUUAUUUUUCUUUUAACUUUUUUUUUGGUUAGAUUAAUAAUAAAAUGGACAUUUUUUUAGUAGAUAAUCAAGAUGGUUGUUGUGUAGAAUGUGUUUAUUCUGCUUUUUAGCAAGUUAUAAAUUGGUUCUAGGAU